UAGCGUGUUUGUUACUUUAUAGACACGAAGGCAAAUAGUCAAGAGGGAGGCGUGCUUUUGCGCGAGAGAGAGUGUACAUACAUACUCAUACUAGAGUUUUGUUUUGAGUUUGGUAAGGGUGGUUCAAGCGAUUAAAAACCCACACCUUCAAAUCGCAAUUCACUAGUGCUUUCUGAAACUCCUGCGAAACCGAGGUUUCCUCUAUUGUUCUCAAAUCUCAACCGAUAUCCUUGUAUUUUUUAAGAACCGCUGAAGGAAAUGGAGUGGCCGACUUGUACGGACGAGUACGAAAAGCUCGUAAUACGGAUGAGCACUCCCAGGGUAGUCAUUGAUAAUGCCGUUUUUUCCUCAGCUACUCUGAUUAAGGUUGACAGUGCCAGAAGGCAUGGUAUUCUAUUGGAUGCUGUACAAGUGCUCACUGACCUAAACCUUUCAAUUAAGAAGGCAUAUAUUUCUGCUGACGGCAAGUGGUUCAUGGAUGUUUUCCAUGUCACUGAUCAAAAUGGAAAUAAGAUAACGGACGAGAGUGUUCUAAAGUACAUUGAACAGUCACUUGGGAACAUUCACUAUGGGAGAACUAACCGCUCUAAUGGUCUCACUGUACUGGAAUUAACCGGGGCUGACCGGGUCGGUCUUUUAUCGGAGGUGUUUGCUGUACUUGCUGAUCUUCAAUGCGAUGUGGUUGAGGCCAAGGUUUGGACUCAUAAUGGCCGCAUCGCCUCUUUAAUUUAUGUAAAAGACUGCAAUUCUGGGUCUUCUAUUGAGGACUCUCAGAAAAUUAACAAGAUUGAAUUGCGCUUAAGAAAUGUUUUGAAGGGAGACAAUGAUAUUAGAAGUGCAAAAAUUUCUGUCUCUAUGGCUGUUAUGCAUACUGAAAGAAGGCUACAUCAAAUGAUGUUCGCUGACCGUGAUUAUGAGAGGACUCCCAUUCUCAAGUUUACUUCUGAUAAUCCAUUGGUGACUGUUCAGAAUUGGACUGGAAGGGGUUAUUCAGUUGUGAAUGUUCAGUGCAAAGACCGAAUCAAGCUAUUAUUCGACGUUGUAUGCAAUUUGACAGACAUGGAAUAUGUUGUAUUUCAUGCAACUAUUAACACCGAUGGUGACCGAGCCUACUUGGAGUUUUAUAUAAGACACAAGGAUGGCACUCCAAUUAGUUCAGAGCCAGAGCGUCAACGUGUAAUUCAAUGCUUAAAAGCUGCUGUGGAGAGAAGGGCAUCUGAGGGUGUUCAACUAGAAUUAUGCACAGAAGAUAGGCAGGGGCUUCUAGCAGAAGUGAUGAGAACUUUUCGAGAAAAUGGGCUCAAUGUGACGAGGGCUGAGAUAUCCACUAUAGGAAAUAUGGCUACAAACGUGUUCUAUGUGACGGAUGCGAUUGGAAACCUAGUUGAUCCAAAAAUCAUCGAAUCUGUCAGGCAAAAAAUUGGAUUAAGCAAUUUAGAAGUAAAGGAGUUGCAGUUGAUAGAUCAUCAACAGGCAGAGGGAGAAAAUCAAGCGGUUGGAAUUGGUGGGGCUGUGUUGUUGUCGAUUGGGAGCCUUGUGAGAAGGAAUCUAUACCAUUUGGGACUAAUCAAAUCCUGUUCUUAAAUCAGAGGCUAGCUUAGGAGUGUGUUCUAUGCAACUUUUCUAGCAUAAUAUUCUUUGCUUCCGAUUUGGGUUUUGUGUACAUAAAAAGUUUAAAGGUGGAAUUUGGUGAUAGUUGUUCUAGUUGGGUAGGGUUGGGUUUGGUAGGUGGAAACGGAUAGUUAGAUGUACAGCUGUAGUAGAUUGGGGUGCCCCACCAUUUUAAAUGCUUCUUUUGAAUUUACGUCCGUGGAAGGUUGCGAGAUGAAAUAGAAUUAGAUUCUUGGUGGCAGAGGGACACGUCUAGGUAGACACAACACAUUGGGUUCAUUGUUAGUUUAGCACUUAGCUCAUGUAUAUAUAUAUAUAUAUCCACCUUUUUUCCCUGGUUAACAAUAUUAAUGUUAGCGGUUGACUUUAAUUUUUAAGCUCAACUCCCUUUUUCUAA